GUUUGGUGCUGGGGAGCAUCUGCGGGUCCCUACUCAGGACUGGUGCUCGCUUGCAGACAGCUUGGGAAGGAGGAGGGCAGGUCGCGUAGGCCGAUGUUUCCUGUAGUUUGUCAUUUUAAGGUUACAUUGUAUUCUCUCCUGUCUGAUUGGCUUUCUAUAAGCUCUUGUGUCUAUUACCCAGAAACAUCGACCGCCUUAGCAUUCAGGCUUACUCAGUGCUCCUCCGCCCCAAACACUGAGACCUUUUUAGUCCUUAGUCCAUAGGAUUCGGGACCGUAGAGAUCAGACUGGAGAAGACAUUGGCUUCUCGACUUUGACGGCUGCGUUUACUCUUUUCUGCAGCAAGAUCAGGGUGAAAAGGAGAACCCCAUGCGGGAACUUCGUAUCCGCAAGCUCUGCCUCAAUAUCUGCGUGGGGGAGAGUGGAGACAGACUGACCCGAGCAGCCAAGGUGUUGGAGCAGCUCACAGGCCAGACCCCUGUGUUUUCCAAAGCUAGAUACACCGUCAGGUCCUUUGGCAUCCGGAGAAAUGAGAAAAUCGCUGUUCACUGCACUGUCCGUGGAGCCAAGGCAGAGGAGAUUCUGGAGAAAGGCCUGAAGGUGCGAGAGUACGAAUUACGGAAGAAUAACUUCUCAGAUACCGGCAACUUUGGCUUUGGGAUUCAGGAACACAUUGACCUAGGCAUCAAAUAUGACCCAAGCAUUGGCAUCUAUGGCCUGGAUUUCUAUGUGGUGCUGGGUAGGCCAGGUUUCAGCAUCGCAGACAAGAAGCGCAGAACAGGCUGCAUUGGGGCCAAACACAGAAUCAGCAAAGAGGAGGCCAUGCGCUGGUUCCAGCAGAAGUAUGAUGGCAUCAUCCUUCCUGGCAAAUAAACUUUAUCCAAAGGCCAAUAAAGUUUUCUCAGAAA